GUUGUAUAUUUGGGUUAUUUGUAUCGUUUAGUUGAAGUCCUAGUUUUAUCCCACUGUCCCUCCAUUAAAAAUCAAUUUCUAUUGCUAUCUAUUAUAAAAACAUAAAUACUCGAGAUGCAAAGUCCAUUUCGUCUGCCUAUUAUCGUUUGUCUUCGUUCACACGCUAUAUUUACAUAGUUAAAGAAAAUUUCCCGCCAUGGCUACAAUCGUGUUAGGUGUUCAAUGGGGAGAUGAAGGAAAGGGCAAACUUUGCGAUAUCCUCAGCUCUGAUAUUCAGAUUUGCGCUAGAGCCACCGGCGGGCGAAACUGUGGUCACACUGUUGUGGCUGCAGGUGUAUCAUACGACUUCCACAUGCUACCACCGGGACUCAUUCAUCCGUCAACUAUAAAUAUAAUUGGGCCCGGUGUUGUUCUUCACGUGCCUACUUUCUUCGCCGAGCUUGCUAGCAUCGAAGCGAAAGGAGUUGUAAAUGCUCAACAGAGACUAAAGGUAUCAACGCGUUGCGCACUAAACCUUGAUCUUCAUGCAGCCGUGGAUCGUCUUUGUGAAGAGCAUCUUGGCAAGAAGAACAUAGGCACCACAGAUAAAGGCAUAGGCCCUGCUUACAGCUCCAAGGCCGAGAGAAGCACCGUACUUCUCGCCGAUCUUCUUGACGACGAUGAAUUCGGAGACCGAAUCAGGACAAUGGAACGAGAUUAUAAACUGAGAUUCGGCGGGGACUUGGCCGGAUACGACGUCGAGGCGGAAAUCAAAGAGCUCGAGAACUUCCGUGAAAAACUCCGCCCCUUUCCCGUGGACGAUGUCGAGUUUCUCGAGGAGGCCCAAGAAAAAGGACAAAAGUUCCUCGUCGAAGGCGCGCAAUCAGCCCUGCUAGACAACACGUACGGAACCUGGCCCUAUGUAACAUCGACAACCACUACUUUCGGUGGUGUAAUGGCCGGACUGAAUCUCAACUACCGAAAGGUAGAUUCCGUUAUCGGCGUCCUGAAGGCGUACUGCACGCGAGUCGGAUCCGGUCCAUUCCCGACGGAAGAUUUCGGCGACGUCGGCAUCAAGCUCCAGGAAAUAGGACACGAGUUCGGUGUUACUACGGGACGCAGGCGUCGUUGCGGCUGGCUGGAUCUAGUCUCGGCAAAGUACUCCAAUAGCGUUAAUCACUACGACUCUUUGAAUCUCACCAAACUCGACGUCCUCGACACCUUUGAAGAGAUCCAGGUAGCAGUAGCCUACAAGCAUCCCGAUACCGGUGAGCUGAUCAAAGGUUUCCCCGCCAGCGCGAAGCUCCUAUCUAGAGUCAAGGUUGUGUAUAAGACCAUGAAAGGCUGGAAUACCACGACAACCUGCACCAAGAAGUUUGAAGACCUGCCCAAGGAGGCCCAGAACUAUGUCACAUUCAUCGAAGACUUCCUCGGCGUCAAGAUCAAGUGGAUUGGAUGCGGACCCAAGCGAGAAGACAUCCUAACUCGUUGAUUGUGCAGUAAUUCUAUUUUCUUACAUAAAUCUCUUUCUGUUCCCUACACGCGUAACCCGAUAUACUGUGGUUGAUAGAGAGUUAGGAGGAAGUAUCAGGCAUCCCCUAACAAAACCAGCUGUUUCUUUAUCUAACUUAAAGGUUUAUAAAAAAAUAUUUUUCUUGCAGAUUGGCUAAGCAGCUAAACUCGUGCCAGAUCAUAGCAUAGAUCUAAGCCUGUUGACGAAAUGGUAAAUGUACGAAAAUUGGGGUAGUGGAACAGCCUCUAUAGUUGGUGAGGAGACCGUUUGACUUGGUCGGAGCAACUUGAGAUUAGCAAUCUUAGAGAGAAUUCUUACUUAUUUAGAUAAAAGAGAAGAUGUCUCCGUGUUUCUAGUUUUUUGUCCCCUUCUUUACCCUAAAUGUAUGUGUGAGCAAUAAAGCC